CCCUUUCCCUGCCUCCCUUCCCUCCCUCCUUCCCCGCACCCACCGCCCGCCGCCGAGCCGGAGCUGCCGGAGCCGGAGCCGGGGCAGCGGGACCCCGGCCUGAGGCAGCUGCUGACCCGGGGCUCUCCCUGCCCAUCGUUGCCCACUCCUGCCUUGCCAUGGCCACUCCAGAUGUCAGUGUCCACAUGGAGGAGGUGGUGGUGGUGACAACACCAGAUGGUGCCAUGGAUGGAGGUGGCAUGGAGGAGGUGAAAACGGUGCUGGUCACCACCAACCUGUCCCAGCACAGUGGUGACAUCAAUGAAGACACACUGGAGACUGAAAAUGCAGCUGCUGCUGCUGCUGCUGCCUUCACAGCCUCCACACAUCUGAAGGAAGCAGUUCUAGAAGUGAAGAUGGCUGAAGAUGAGGACAGUUUGGAGGCAGAGAUUGUCUACCCCAUCACCUGUGGGGACAGCAAAGCCAACCUCAUCUGGAGGAAGUUUGUGUGCCCUGGGAUCAAUGUCAAGUGUGUGCAGUUUGAUGAUCACCUCAUUAGUCCCAAGGAGUUUGUCCACCUGGCUGGCAAAUCAACCCUGAAGGAUUGGAAGCGGGCGAUCCGGAUGAACGGGAUCAUGCUGAGGAAGAUCAUGGACUCAGGAGAGCUGGAUUUCUACCAGCACACAAAGGUCUGUUCCAACACCUGCAGGAGCACCAAAAUCGACCUGACAGGGGCCAGGGUGUCCCUGACCAGCCAGACCUCAACAGAGUACAUCCCUCUGACCCCUGCUUCUGCUGAGGUGAACGGCUCCCCAGCCACCAUCACCAUAGAAACCUGUGAGGAUGCCAGUGACUGGAGCAGCAGCAUUGGAGAUGACACCUUUGCUUUCUGGAGAGCCCUGAAGGACACGGGGCUCCUGGAAGAAGUGAUCCAUGAGUUCCACCAGGAGCUUGUGGAGACCAUGAAGGGUUUGCAGCAGCGAGCACAGGACCCCCCUCUGCAGCUCGGGGAUGCUGUUUUACUCAACAAUGUGGUCCAGAACUUCGGGAUGCUGGACCUGGUCAAGAAGGUCCUGGCCAGCCACAAGUGCCAGAUGGAUCGCUCGAGGGAGCAGUACACACGGGAUUUGGCAGCUCUGGAGCAGCAGUGUGACGAGCACCGCAAGCGAGCGAAGGAGCUGAAGCACAAAUCCCAGCAUCUCAACAACGUCCUGAUGACCCUGACUCCUGUCUCUGUCCCCACACCUUUAAAACGCCCUCGGCUGACCAGGGCCACCUCCGGACCUGCUGCCAUCACCUCCCAAGUCCUGUCCCAGCCGGCACAGCUCGCCGUCACCCCCAGCCUGCCCGUCUCCCAGCUCGCCAACCUCCCCCUCGGCAAAGUGGUGUCAGCUCUGCCGCCCACGGUGCUGGGGAAGGGUCCCUCCCAACCCCCCCCCGCUGCCAGCUCCCCGGCCUCCCCCCUUCUGGGAGGCUACACGGUCCUGGCCUCCUCCGGAUCCACCUUUCCUGGGACCGUGGAGAUCCACCCGGACGCUUCCAACCUGACGGUGCUGAGCGCGGCGGCGGUGCAGGACGGCGGCACGGUGGUGAAGGUGGUCAGUCCCUUCCAGCUCCUGACCCUGCCGGGACUCGGCACCGCCAUCCAGAACGUGACACAGGUGGCUCCCGGGGGGAGUGGCGGCGGUGGCACGGUGGUGACCGUCCCCUCCGGUGUCACCGGGGACGAGCACGCUGCCAUCGAGGUGACUGCAGUGGCCGAGGAGGCAGAGCAGAAGUGAAAAGGGGGGGGACUCGGCCUGGAGGGACACUGCCCGUGCCACCACCCCGGGGGAACUGCCUCUGCUCCGGCUGCGGGACGGGGAGCGGUGACACGAGUGGCGUGACACGAGGGGAGUGGUGACACCAGGGUUGCGGUGACACGAGCGACGUGACACGAGGGGAGUGGUGACACAAGCGGUGUGACACGAGGGGAGCGGUGACACAAGGGGAGCAGUGACACGAGCGGUGUGACACGAGGGGAGUGGUGACACCAGGGGAGCAGUGACACGAGCAGUGUGACACCAGGGGAGUGGUGACACGAGGGCAGCAGUAACACGAGCGGUGUGACACGAGCAGUGUGACACAAGGGGAGCGGUGACACAAGGGGAGCAGUGACAUGAGCGGUGUGACACGAGGGGAGCAGUGACACAAGCGGUGUGACACAAGAGGAGUGGUGACAUCAGGGGAGUGGUCACACGAGCGGUGUGACACCAGGGGAGCAGUGACACAAGGGCAGCAGUAACACAAGGGGUGUGACACGGGAGCAGUGUGACACAAGCGGUGUGACACGAGCGGUGUGACACAAGUUGUGUGACACAAAAGUGUUGUGACCCAGGGAGAAGGUUAACAAGGGGCACAGGUUAAUGAGACUCAUGUCACUAACGAGGAGAUCCAACUCAGAGAGAAGGAGGGGAGGAAAGAUGCUCCAGAAAAGGGAUAAAGCAGAGAUGUGCUCUGCCCUGUUUGAGAGGACAAAACAAAGAAAAAAGGAGAUUUUUUUUUUAUUAUUUUUUUCUUUUUUGGUGAAGCCUCCCUGCCCCUGUCCUCUUGGAACAGCGAUUCCCUUGUAGCUCCAGCUCUGGCUCCCCUGCAGGCAGUGGCAGAGGAGCAGGGCAGGGAGGUGGUGGCAGUGACAGAGCUGGCAAUGCAGGGGGGCUGCUCCCCAUCCCCGGGGGGCUCUGGAAGGCAGAGGGGACCCCGGGAGCGGGCUGCCCACGGGAUGAGCGUGGCCAGGGAAAGCAGGAAGAGGUGUGACCCCCCCAGGGUGGCUUCUGCGUGUGACAGUGGCUUUGGGUGGUGGGACAAGCAGGAGCUCUCCUGACAGUGGUUGUGGAAGGAACUCAGGUCUGAGCAGGGAGAAACCCAGAGGGCUGGGAGGAGCUGUAAUUUCUGAGGAUUUGGGGUCUCUUUCUAGUUUUCUGAAAAAAAAUAAUAAUUUGGAAAUAAAAUCCAUUCCUUGGGAUUUUUUUUAAGCAGCCCCUUGGGUUGUGAAGAUCCUGAGCUGAAGGGCAGUGCUCCCAGGAUCCUGUGCUCAUCACCCAGGUGUGACCCCCGUGCAGCAUCAGGCCCAUCCCUGGUCCCAGCACCUCACUGGGUGCUGCUGUUCCCUCCCCUUGGGGUCUGAGCAGCCCUUCUGGGGUGGGUGCCCGACCCCCCUGGCCCCCUUUACCCACUGGACUCACUGUGAGUCUCCCUGCUGCUCCCUCUGGGGGCAGCUGCAGCCACGUUCACCCCGUCUCUGGCUGGAAGGAGUGGGGUGCUUGAGGUGUGUUGGGGUUUCUCCAAUCCUGAGCUGGCAGCAGCAGUGAUGCCAGCAGUGAUGCCAGGUCACUUUCAUCACUUAAUAAAUUUUUUUUUUCUCUCUCU